UGUUUCCCGCUUGUUUGUAUUGAUGAUUUUGAAGACAGUGGAUGAUCAGCAGUCAAGACACCAAGCUUUCCACGCAGAAAAUGUUGUUUUUCUCUUGAGAUGGGAACUUUAUAGGACAGUGGAUACAUGCGGUGGAUGUUGUGCUUAAGCGUGGAUUCUCCCGGCUGACGGCGGAAGAAGAGCUCCCUCUGUUCUGCACCUGUGUUCGGGGAGAAGACCUGCUGUGAGGCGGAGCUUCGCUGGAAUGUCCUCCAAGCUAACACGCUAACAUGGAAUUUUGUGUCUGACUUUGCUCCCAGAGUGCGGCUACUAGAUAUUGCGAGUUGAAAUUUGUCUUCUGUCAGACAGCCGCUGACAGUUUAUUACUCUUACGGAGAGCUCAAGGAAUGCGGCUCUUUUACUUUGAAGGCGUAGCGGGUUAGCUAGCUAGCCUCGCGCUCGUGUUCUCAGCCGCAAGCCGGGGACGUUGAUCUUAGACUCGGCUAGAGGUCGAACGCCAUGCCGCGGAUUGACAGCGGCCUGGUAGCAUUGCUAACAUUAGCAAGCUAACGCUGGCUGGAUGUAGGAGGCCGCUGAAGAUUGUAGUUAAUUAGAUAAUUCACAUGGUUGUUUAUUUCCCCUGUAGUCACGAAACACUGCAGAAGCUGAAGAAAGUCUCCUCAAGGUGGAUUUUUUUUUUUUUUAGGUUUUUUUUUUAUGUCCGAUUGGAGCUCCACAUGUAAACAAGCCUGAGAGAGAGCAGCUUUGGUUGUAGAUUAUCACUAAAUAUUCAACGCUUUUAUCUUUAUCUCUGUUUUGAUGUUGAAGCAGGAACUUUAUCUGUGAGGAAAUAGUAUUAAACUAAAAGGCAGGUGAAGGAGAGCUGCGGAAUAGUGAGGCAGAUUCAUUCAUUCAUGAUUGAUGAUCGUCAAGGAAGUCUUUAUCCACUUGCUGCUACUGCUGUCAUUUAGUUUAAUCACUAUUAGGUUCAACUUUUUACAUUUUUUGACACUUUAUUGAACAAUCCUGACCUGUCAGGAACUACUGGGGAUGGGAACUGGAGGGAGUCUGAGCUGAACCAGCUUCCAAGUGGCUUCAAGGUCUGAUCACACAGAGCUCCAUUGUGCGGACUACAAACAGAACAGGAAAGAGGUGGUGAUGAUGAUAAGACGGGCCCAGCCACACUGUUGAACCCAGACCAGGAAGCAGAGAUGAGUCUCCGCCAGCCCUCCUCCACGCUGGACAGCCCUUUCGCUGUUUGGCUCAGCAGUCUGACCAUCGGAGACUCGGAGCGCAAAUCCUCUGGGAACCAGCAGAGGGAGCUGUUGACCGACGUCUCUGCAGAGGGCUCAAGUCCUGGACUGGUCCAGAGAUGUGUGAUCGUGCAGAAAGACCAGCUCGGGUUCGGCUUCACCGUGUGUGGAGAGAGAGUCAAGCUGGUGCAGAACGUGCGACCAGGGGGGGCUGCAGUCAAAGCCGGGGUUCAGGAGGGCGACCGGAUCAUCAAGGUCAACGGCUCGUUGGUGUCCUCCAUGACCCAUCAGGAGGUGGUGAAGCUCAUCAAAUCUGGGCCGUACGUGGCCCUGACACUACAAGGACCGCCCCCAUCUGCCGCCUCCAUGCCCUUAGAGCCCCUCCCGUCUUACCUCACACCCAAUCAGAGAACGUCUGUCAUUGGAGAGACCCCGCCCCCUCCACCUUUAAACAGCACCCCAUCCCAAAGAAUCACGUUACCCACACCACUGCAGGACCCAGAAGUGCAAAAACACGCAACUCAGAUUCUCAGGAAAAUGUUGGAGCAGGAGGAGGCGGAACUGCAGGACUUGAUGGAUGAGCAGCUGAAGAAUCCAUCGCCAUCACUGGAGGAGCGCAUUGAAAGUGCCAAGAGGAGAGCCCACCAAGUCAGGAUCAAGAUCCAGCAGGAUCUGGAGGGAACCCGAUCAGAAUCCACUACAGGCUACGUGAAAGCAGGAGAAGGGCGGCUGUCGCUGGACUCUGGCGAGGGAGACAUUGAGCCCUUUGAGAGUCCCCAUUCCUCCCCCUCAUUCCCCUCCAGGAACCCCCAUCACCGGCGCCAGAGCUCCGACACACACGGUGACACGGCUUUGAAACCUCAGAUCAUCGGCCCCGAGGAAGAGGAUGAAGAAGAUGAUGGCUACGCCUUCAAUGAGAUGGACGGUCCGUUUCAGGACAUCGAGUUGUUGAAGUCGCGACCGGCGCACAUGACCGUGUUCAUGAGAUACGUCUUCACGCAGCUGCUGGACCCCAACCCGCUGCUCUUUUACCUGUCAGUUGAAGCUUACCUGAGCUCCAGCCCUAAAGACGCGCGCGCCCUCGCUCCUCAAAUCUGCUCCCAUUUCCUGGAUCCAGACGCUCCGCUGAAAAUCAAAGUGCGAGAGGAGUAUCUGUCGGACAUCGAGAGUCGACUCCACGCGCAGGAGGACAUCAGAGGACCGCUGUCAGAGCUGCAGCAGCAGGUGCUGCCCGACAUCCAGGACCAGAUUCAGGACUACAGGAACAAGCAGAUGAUGGGGCUGGGCUCUCUGUUUGGAGAAGGAGACCUGCGGCAGCUGGACGGAGACCCCGCCAAAGAGAGACAGGUGGUGGACAGACAGGUGUCCGCCCUCUGGGAGGUUCUAUCAAAGCAUGAAGAGGACAGAAGUUCUCCUCUGGCGUCAGCUGUACAUCUGUACCUGCGACAUUCCGGCAUCAAGCUGAGAGACUCCAAGAUCUUUCCGGGUCUGAGUGCGGAGAAGGACAAGUGGCUGGCCUUCCUGAAGACGAGAAAGACAAGCGGCAUCAAGAAGGAGAAGGAUGGGGAGGAUAAGAAGAGGAACCCCAUCCUGAAGUACAUCGGGAAACCGCGGACGACGUCUCAGUCCACAUUCCAUGUCCCGUUGUCCCCGACUGAAGUUCGGCCCGGAAGCGUGAAGAACAUCAUCCAGCACUUUGAGAACCACUCGGAGACUCCAGGGGAGGAGGGAGGAGAACCCACAGACCCUCAGCAGAUCUCCAGUAGCAGUUUAGGAGAGGAAGGCCCGGACAGCCCCAUGGUUUCGGUGCGUCUGGCCCGCAGCGGGUCGCUGAAGGCCCAGGGCGAGGGCCGGCGGCGGGGAGGGGCCCCCGGCGCGGAGUUCGUCCCGCGCUCCCGCAGCGAUGUGGACAUGGAGGACUGCGGCGAGGAGCAGCCGGGUCUGCGGUCGCUGCACCACAGCGCCUCGUCUGCGUCCAGCAGCUCUGCGCGGUCUGUAGACAACCCCACACCCCCAUACACCCCCCGCUUCUCUAGGCGCAGGAGCGUGGACUCCUCGCUGGCUCUGUUACCAGACGCUGCGGUGCUGGAGGAGGAGCUCUGCGACGCUCAGAACUGGCAGGACACGGUUCCUGCGCAGCUCCUGGCAGAGCUCAGCUCCAGGGAGACGGACAGACAGGCUGUCAUCUACGAGCUCUACACCACCGAGGUGUCCCACCUCCGAACGCUGUGGGUCCUUGACCGGGUCUUCUUCCAGAAGAUGAGGUCGGUGCUGAACUCUGAGGAGCUGGCCUGCAUCUUCCCCAACCUGCCCAAAGUCCACGAAUUCCACGCAAACCUGUGCGAGGCCAUGAAGAAGCGCCGGGAGGUUCCCGUCGUUCAGGAGAUCGGAGAUAUCAUGUUGGCCCGAUUUGAAGAUGCAGCCGGGCAGGAGUUUCAGGAGCAGGCGUCGCAGCUCUGCUGCUUGCAGUCUCAGGCCCAGGAGCUCAUCAAGAACAAAAAGAGGAAAGACCCUCGCUUCGCUCAGCUCAUCCAGGAGUGCGAGGCGAGUCCGCUGUGUCGGCGGCUGCAGCUCAAAGACAUGCUGGUGUCGGAGAUGCAGAGGCUCACCAAGUACCCUCUGCUGCUGGACAACAUCAUCAAGUACACCGACGCCUCGUCGGCCGACCUCCCUGCGCUGCAGCGGGCUCAGACCUGCUGCCGGAGGAUUCUGCAGAAUGUCAACGAGAACGUGAGGGAGAGCGAGCGGCAGCAGCGCCUCAGCCAGUACCAGCGCAGGCUGGACCCCGGGCCUCAGUUCAAGAAUCUGGACCUCACCACAAAGAGGAUGAUCCAUGAAGGCUCGCUCACGUGGAAGAUGGGCAAAGACAAGCAGAUGGAAGUUUUAGCGCUGCUGCUGGCAGACGUCCUCGUCCUCCUGCAGAAAGGCCCCGACGACCGUCUGCAGCUCCGAUAUCCCACACGCUGGUUAGGAGGAGGGGGCGGGGUUAGCGGGGACAGUAAGACCUCCUUCAGCCCGUUGCUGAAGCUGGACUCCCUGCUGGUCCGCCCGGUUGCCACAGCUCCUCUAGUGUUCCUGCUGUCGCCCCCGGCAACCACAUCUUUGAAGACAAUUCUGUGACAGGAGAGUCCGACUCUCUGGAGAUUCCUUCCUCCAGUGAUGACAUCACAUCAGACACGCCCAUGGACGAAUCGGGAGCUCUCAACGGGGAGGAAGGACUGGCGUUCUGCGUGGCGGAGGAGGCUCUGAAGGACGUGGAGACGCUGCGGCGGCUCAUUCUGCGAGAUCUGGGGGAGGACGGCUGGAGCCACGACUCGGACAACACCCCCACCAACGAGGCGGCGAACGGCGGGAGCCCCAACGCUGAGCGCCAGCGCCCCGAGUCUCUGGAGACCGUUCUGCGCCUGAGCACUAACGAAUGGGAGUCUGAGCCGGAGUGGCUGCCCCCACCCCCCCCGCCGCCGCCACAACCUAGCGUCUGUGUGGUGAGGAAAGCUGUGGUUGUGGGUCCUCCUCCUCCUCCUUCUUCUUCUGUCCCUGACGUCAGCCUCCUCUGCGAUCAGUCGUCCCGGUCCAGAGGCGACGCCCCCGAUCAGGGAAACACCUUCUACCUGGUGAUGCCCUCAGAGCAGGGCGAGACCGGGACGGAUGACGCCAGCGACCCCCCCACACCCACCGCCCCCGCAGAGGAGCCAACGCCGCCCCAAUCAGAGCUCAACCAUUCUGAGACGCAGGGGGCGGGGCAACAGAGUCUGGUGAUCAGGAAUGCGGAUGAAAUCUUCCUCACUAUCGAGGAGCUGAUGAGCAAACUCAAGAGGUUAAAGGAGAUCGAGCGGGCCCAUCACAAGCUGCUGGAGUCUCUUCGAGAUUCUUCAUUCGAGUGGGAGGAGCCACCGAGUGGCUCAGCAGACACCCCCAAGCCCCGCCCCGUGGACUGCAGCUCAGGAGAAGACAAAGAUGGAAGUCCAGAACAAGCUAAAAUUCUCUCCACCGGGUUCUGAAGUCGCUCUGAUUCUGUCAGAGGAUGAAGAAGCAGCCAGAAGCACCUUUACUGGAGGGCAGCUUCAGCUCAGCUUCCUGUUGCUCUGAGUAACCAAGAAAUGUGGUACAGCCCCUCCCUCCAAAAGAUGAAACCCUUCGGUUACCAGGGCAACAGUCCCUCCAAAAAGGAUGAAGGAACAAAAAGUCUGAAGUUUUUCCGAUGAAGAAGAGGAAAGUUUGAGUGAGCGAUAAAGGACCAGGCUGUUGUCGUUUGUGUUGAUUUGUAAAGCUGGUUGAAAUGUCGUUUUUAAGGAAAUCAUCCAAGGGACCCCUCACCCUCCCCAGCACUUUACCCACAAUGCAUCUCUGUGUCAGCUCGUUUGCAGAUGGAGGAUUCUGGCUUUUUUUUUUUAGCCGAUGAACCGCUUUAGUUCAACAUUUAUUUUUUUUUGCACAAACCCGACGCCGGGAAGUGUGGGGCACUCGGCCUUCCUGCAGGGGGCAGCACAUCUGAAGGUGUCAAAGGGCUGGACGGAAACGCCGAAGGGCGUGCAUGCUCGUCGUCUUCAGCAACUCUGCACAAAGGAAGUGGCGGUCGUCCCUCAUGGAGUGCAUGCCAAGGCUCAUUCCAGUCAUGAACUGGGAGCUUCCCAGUGGUUCUCUUCCUGCAGGUGAAGCCUCUGCAGCUGCAGGAAGUCACCUAUCUGUUAUACAGAUACGCUUUCUCUUCAAGAUCUUCCACUAAUUUCCCAUUUUUCUUCCAAGUAUUUCUGGUCCUGCUUGAAGUUUUGUGAGCAGCAGACACUAAAAGUGUUUAUUUUUUGUUGUUUUCUGGUACUAACUGAGCUGCAUGCCACAGUAAAUAUGCAUUAAGCUUCUUCUGCAGAAGUUAAUUUGUACAAAAAUGUUCUUUUUUUAGCAUCUUGUCACUAUUAAAACACUAACUUCAGGACGUGCAGCGCCCCCUGGUGAACUUUGAAGGGAAUUUGUCCUACCAAAGCUUCCUUAACAGGUUUUUUCUCAAAGGGAACAUGGGGUUUCAACGCGCCUCAGACCAAACCGGAUCCUCACUCGUGCCCCCCUCCCCCCAGCAGAAGGACCUCCUCCUCAUCGCCUCACUCUCUACCUCCACCUCCCCCGUUUUCCCUGCGACGUGUUUUUAUGUUGCACAAACUUCAUGCACAGUGGCACAGUGCAAACUACUGUAUGUGUGUCUGUUGUCCCUCACCUGUAAUGCAGACCUGACCCACAUUUUAAAUGUUCACUUUUCUUUAAAGCCUUAGUCCUCGUAUUUGAUUUUAUUUUUGUAGAUAUGAUUAAAAAAAAGAAUAAUGGAUAAAUUAUUUUUGUUUUUAAACUGGUGAGAUUGUUAGCUGCACAGAAAAACUCGUUUCUCACCCGUGUGUUCUGUGAGAUUAUUAAGAAGAAACUGAAUUAAAAAAAUGAACGCUUUGAAUCUGA